AUGGCGGCAGAAGCCAACACAACGGGGGCGGAGCAGGAGGGCUCGUCACCAUGGCCACCGGCGUCCCCUGUCCCCACGGUGACGUUCGAAGGCAUGAACUUCCCCGAGGACACGAUCCGGCUCCUCAGCGUGCAGGUGGUGCUGAUCCUGGCCUACAGCACCAUCAUCGUCCUGGGGCUCGUGGGCAACUCUCUGGUGAUUUACGUCAUUUAUCGCUUCAAGACGCUUAGAACUGUCACCAACUUCUUCAUCGCCAACCUGGCCGUGGCGGACUUGUUGGUGAAUGCCCUGUGCCUGCCCUUCACUCUGGUCUACACACUUCAGGGAGAGUGGAAGUUCGGCAGCGUCUUGUGCUUCCUGCUGCCGUACGCACAAGGCCUCGCGGUGCAUGUUUCCACGGUGACGCUCAACGUGAUCGCACUGGACCGACACAGGUGUAUUGUGUACCACUUGGAGACCAGGAUGCGUAAAGACGUCUGCUUCGGCGUGAUCGCUCUGACCUGGGUGCUCAGCGCGGUGCUCGCCAGUCCUCUCGCCAUCUUCAGAGAAUAUGGCUCCUUCACGUUGGACGGACACACUAUACAGGUGUGCACGGAGAAAUGGCCCGGCAAAAGCACCGACGGCACCGUGUACUCCAUCUCCAUGCUCAUCCUGCAGUACUUCCUCCCUCUGUCCAUCAUCUCCUUCGCCUACGCCCAUAUAUGGUCAAAGCUGCGCGGUCACGUCAGCCCGGCUGAGAACGCGAACGCCAGCUCCGAGCGGCACCACCGACGACGCAAGACCACUAAGAUGCUGGUCACUAUGGUGGUGGUGUUCGCCGUCAGCUGGCUCCCCUUCCACGCCUUCCAACUGGCCACAGACAUCGACAGCUCCGUCCUGGACAUGCGGGACUUUCGGCUGCUCUACACGCUGUUCCACGUGGUCGCCAUGUGCUCCACCUUCGCCAACCCGCUGGUGUACGGGUGGAUGAACCGGAACUACCGCGCAGCCUUUCUCGCCGCGUUCAAGUGCACGGGGGAGGAGGCGGAGAGGCGCGGCAGGGGCGGGAGGAUGGACAGCGUUCAUCCACUCGGGAAGAGCCAGAAGAGCGCGCGGGACAAAGGGAAGAGCGGGAAAGAGGCGCAGGAUGUGGCUGUGACGCGGCUCAACGCGACUGAUGUUUGA